UCAUGUGGAUGCUGGCAUUAGGUGGAGUUUUCCUGGCAGCUGCUCAGGCCUGUGUCUUUUGCCGCCUCCCAGCCCACGACUUGUCAGGCCGCCUGGCUCAACUCUGUAGCCAGAUGAAGGCCCAGUGGAAGCAAUGUGAAGCCUCCCCAGACUUCUCUGCCUUUGCCUUAGAUGAGGUGACCCUGAACAAAGUCACAGAGAAGACUCACAGAGUCCUGAGGGUCAUAGAGAUCAAAGAGGCUCUCUCUUCACUCCCUUCAUAUUGGCAAUGGCUUCAAAAGACCAAGCUCCCUGAUUACACCAGGGAAGCUCUCUGUGCUCCUGCUUGUCGGGGCAGCACUAUCCUGUACAACUGCUCUACUUGCCGGGGCGCUGAAGUGUCCUGCUGGCCGCGAAAGCGCUGCUUCCCAGGAAGUCAUGAUCUUUGGGAAGCCAGGAUUCUGCUCCUCUUUGUCUGCGGAGCCGUCCUGCUUCUGGGUGUUCUGAGCCUCCUGGUGGAGUCCCGCCACCUCCAAGUAAAAGGUGACUUGUAAUGAUGAGGACACCCUCCCAGUCUCCAGUUCUAAGGGGUGUGUACCCACAACCUCCA